GCAAUGAACCCCACCGAUUGCUCGCUCAGAUCAAUCAGCAGUCAAGACUCUAGGAUAGUAUUCAUUCAUCAGGAAAGGUCUACUCCGUAUUGUUUUUUGUUCGAGAGGGAAAAGUUCCGAACGCGCCGAGACCGUACGUACAGUUUCUCGGGUUGCCCCACGCCUUGCGCUUUUACGUCCCCUGGAUUCAAACGUCAUUUUCCCAGCUUGUAAUAAUCUAAGUCAGAAAGUCACUUCCGAACUCCCGUCUUCGUUUUUCUUCUCCCAGCUUUCCCCGUCCGCUGUGCACUGGUUUCUGUUUCAUUUGUUUGCUUGGAGUUCCAUAUCCGCUCUCAGUAGAUAUUCUCCCUCAUAUUUCUCCCAGUGCAUCGUACGUCGUCUACUCCAGCACAGACUGACUGACUGGUUCGGUCCCUGACAUCGAGCCUGUGCACGCUUGCCGGCCCGCUUCAACCGCCACACGGUUCACCAACUUGUGGUCGUCAUGUCUGUAAUCAUCCACCUGGACCGGCCACAUAAGCAUUUCACCAAUCUCGACUAUCUCACGGGAAAGGUGAUUCUACAAUUACACUCUGAAGCUGCAAUCGGAGGCAUUCAAGUAAAAUUAGAAGGCGAAAGUCGGACGCGCCUGGCAGGUCCGAAAAAUCCACAUAAUGAGCAGUCGGAUAAGAAGCGUACCGAAAUCGAGGUUCACAAGAUCCUGUACAAAGUCGAAACGGUUUUCCCCACUGCCGCAGUAUUCAAUGCAGAGACUCCAGACAGAGCUUAUACAUUCGCAAGAGGGACGUACGAGUACCCCUUCAAAUUCAAGUUCCCAUUCAACAAUUCUUGCAGCAUACACAAUAGCAUGCUUACGAACCUGAAUAUCACGGGUCUGAGGGUCGAAAUGGCCAGGGACACCACUCGCCAUGUGAAGAAGACACUCCCUCCAUCUCUCAGUGGCUUCCCGGGCAUGGCCGACAUCAAGUACUAUGUGAAAGCGACGGUUAUUCGUCCCCAGUUCUAUAAGGAAAAUCUCAGGGCGAUCACCAACCUAAAGUUCCUUCCCAUCGAGCCUCCCAGGACAGGAAAACCGAACGAAGAAACUUAUGCAAGACGACAACACCAAUUUACGGAUGCCCCGAAUGUGUCCAAGAAAAGAAGCCUUUUCCAGAAGAUGUCGAGCAGUUCGCUCCGGGACACCGCAGGCGGUUCCCCUCGCGUAUCCGCUGACCUGCGGCUACCCAACCCAUCAAUUCUGACCUGCAAUGAGCCUAUACCGAUGCGUGUCCUCGUCAAGAAACUAUCGGAGUCUUAUGAGACUAUUUUCCUGCAGAUGAUCCAGGUCGAGCUGAUUUCUUAUACCAACAUCGUCGCUCAUGACUUACGGCGCACCGAAAGCGGCACUUGGGUCAUUCUCAGUCAGAGUAAUAUGGCCGUGCCUCUCGGCAGAGGUGGAGACCCAGCGGAUACGGAGUGGACGAUUGAUUCUAGUUUAUGGAGUGGCAUACCUCUACCCAGUACGGUAGCGCCGUCAUUCGAGACCUGCAAUGUCUCGCGGACGUAUGAGCUCGAAGUUCGAGUGGGCCUGACCCAUGGAAGUAUUGGGAACAUGAAGCCCCAACUUAUCGUUCUUCCGCUACGGAUGCCCGUGAAAGUUUACUCCGGCAUCGCUCCUCCGAAAGCACUUCUGGAUGCCAUGGCGGCCAACGGUCAGGCCAGGCCAGUGGCUAGCCCUACAAGUCCCACCGGAUCGAUGGAUAGCCCACGCCCCCCAAUGCCGCCUCGGCCUGCCAGACCUCCUGUGCCUGCCAAUCCUGAGGACGGCUACGACGAUGCACCUCCCAGCUACGAAGAUGCCAUGGCUGAAACUCUUAGUCCUGUGGAUGGCCCCCGUCGAGAGUAUAACCCACCAGAUGCCUCUUCCGAAAGAUCUGUUGAACCUGGAGCUGAUCCGCGAUCUCCAGUUGGAAAGGAACCUGAGGCGUCCACACCGUACGGCAACCAGGAGGCGAUGUCCUCGUCGGAGACACUCGAUAUGCUACCCGAAAGCCCACCAGAGUCCCGUUCUGGUUCACCCCCAAACUCUCCCGUUGCGCGUCAACAAAGCGUGCUCAAAAUCCACAAGGCUCCCCUUCUCCUGGAGGAGGAUAACCCUCCCGAAUAUCAGACAAUUGCACCUGGCAAGCCGCAAGCAUCCCAUAGCCAGGUAAAUCGUGUACCGUCCCAGCCUGGGGUCAGGCCCAUGAACCUGGGCGUUCCCAACCGGAAGCCAGUUCCCAGGAGUCCAAGUAGGCAAACCUGAAGUUUGCAUAAUAAUGAGCUUCCUAUGUUGCAGCUGGAUGCAUCUAAUGGAAUAGCACUGGGAUAUUGUACCAAUCUCAGUACAAUGUCAAAUCAUCCGUGUCGUUGCACGCAUCUUUCCGGAGUUAACAGGAAACCUCGAUGAAAGUUCCAUUGACAUUACUUUGCUCUUCGAUACCACCUAUGCAUUUUCAGUUACUAUACAGGCGACCCGAAUCAUUUUAAUCACUCACAUUGUCAUUCUAUUCAAUAAAAAUAAUUUAAUAGGAGUAUUAUAAUGGAACUGUCAUGCAAAGCAA